AUGCCAGUCACCAUGGACAAGGAAAGGCCCAUCAUCGUCGUCGGAGCCGGCAUUUUCGGUCUCAGUACGGCGCUGCACCUGGCCAGCUCUGGCUACCUCGACGUAACGGUCUUUGAUCGCCACUCUGUCGACAAGUCACGGUACUCAUACCUGAAAGGCUGUGAUGGAGCAUCCGUUGAUGCGUCAAAAAUUAUUAGAUCUGCCUACGGGAGCCAGAAAGAAUACACAGACCUCAGCUCCGAGGCAAUCGUACUCUGGAACAAGUGGAACGAGGAAAUCAAGUCCAUCGGCUCCGAAAAUGACUUGGGUCUGUCCAAAAACGACUCGAUCUGGAUCAACAAUGGCGUCCUGAUGUGUACUGAUCAAAAGGUCCUGAGCGACUUUGAGAAAGCCUCCGCCAAAAAUGCCAAUCCUCCGGGUCAGCAAAAAGUUGCCCUGAUCACCAACGAAGCCGAGGACAUGGAGAUUGCCAAGUCAAAGGGCUUUGAGCACGCUCUGACCCCGUUCGCAAAAGAAACCGUCGGCGUCCUUGAUACGACGGGCGGAGUUGUCGUCGCCGACAAAGCCUGCUGCUUUGCCCUUUACAAAGCAAAGAAGCUUGGUGUCAAGUUUAUCCUCGGCGCUGAAGCGGGGACUUUUUCUUCUCUGCUCCGCGUCGAAAACACCGGCAAGGUGUCUGGCAUCAAAACCGCAGAUGGAAAGGAGCAUCGCGCGGAAACGGUCAUCAUGGCCUGCGGAGGCUGGACGCCGUCUCUCAUCCCAGAGCUUGACGGCCUCUGCGAAACCACCGCAGGGUCCGUCGUUCUCUACAAGAUCCCGGAGGAGUCGCCCCUUCGACAAAAGUUCAGCCACGCCAACUUUCCUGCCUUCAUGUUCAAGCAACGCGAAGGAGUCGAUGGCGGUUUGUAUGGCUUCCCCGUCGACCACAACGGCGUGCUCAAGAUCGGGUAUCGCGGCAUCAAGUACACCAACCCAGUCGCGCAAGGAGACGGCAAGGACCGCAGCGUGCCGAGGACCCGUUGGACUGGUGACACUGCCAUUAUAGAUAUCCCAGAAAAAGCAUACCAGGUGAUUUCCAAGUUUGUCGAGACCUACCUGCCGGCGCUCGUGGAGGAGAAGAUCCCAGUCGCCAUGAGCCGUCUGUGUUGGUACACGGAUUCGUUUGACAACCACUAUCUUAUCGAUCGAGUCCCCGGCAUCGAGGGACUUGUAUGUGUCACGGGAGGUAGUGGGCAUGCAUUCAAGUACCUGCCCAAUAUUGGGAAGUGGGUGGUCAAUAUUCUGGAAGGCAAAGACCAAGACGAACCGCUGGCCAAGGCUUGGAAGUGGAGGUCGCUGAAGGAGGGCCAGACGCCGAUCAACAAACUCAUGCUUGGUAUGACGGAGGAUACAACCCUGGAAAACACAAAGCUUAUAUCAGCGGAAGAUGAUGGACUGAGUCAAGGUCUGUCAAAGCAGAGCUUGGGCUAG